AUAAUGUAUACUUCGGGGUUGUUCUAAAGCCAUCGCCCAGUCUACACGAUCAUGUGACCCUGACCUCCGGCUUGGCAUCAAAUUCAUCCCGCAGUUUUCUUGUAGCUUGCUUCGUGCCAGGCAGUUCCCUUUUAUUAUCAUCAAAGGACUGCUUCAGCGGGUUUCUGGACACAACAAGGCGUUGGAAAGACCAAUUAAUUUUAUACUGUCAUUUUUACAUUUGAAUACCUUCCCGGAACACCGUUAUAAUGAUCUGCCAGCGCUGUCGAACCAGCCUCUUUGCCCGGUUGCAACCGCAACACGCGGUUACUUUCUCUGCUUCGUCAUGCGCACGCCAGCUUCCAAUUCACCGAAGCCAAUUCCGGAGCUACAGUGAUGGCAAGCCUACAGUAUCAGCUACGCCGCCUCCUCCUACUCCCCGCCAGCCUGUCGCAGCGGACAUCACGAUCCCGUCGGCAGUUUCAUCAGCGACUCCCGGCGUGUCCCAACCAUUCAGCACACCGGAAGAAGUAAAUGUCGAUGUGUCUUCUAAGAAGCCCACAAAACCUGCCGUGGAACGUCCACCAAGCUCCUGCCCCGCUGGAACGAAGCUGAACGGCCUCAACUACUUCAAGAAUAAGCCCGAUGUCCUCGCCCUGGAAGACUCUGAAUACCCGGAGUGGCUGUGGUCGUUGUUAGAUGAUGCUAAGAAGCAAUCGAAAUCCGAGGGCGGAGUGGAUCCGAGCACCUUGAACAAGAAGCAACGCAAGCGCUAUGAGAAGAAGAUGGCUGCUCGCGCCGCAACCCUCCCUCCUAAGAUCCCUGUUCAUCAUCAUGCUACUGAUAUUACUCCUGCAUCGUACAACCGCGGCGGUCAAGCAACGGAUGAUCUUCUGGCCGAGGCCGCUGAGAGUCUUGACAAGCGCUCCGAGAUCACGAAGAGCGCGAGAGAGGCCCGGAGGAAGGCCAUUAGAGAGGCUAACUUCCUCCGCGGUCUGUAAUUUUAGAGAGGCUUGGCUUGGUGCCGGUUUGUCCCAUUCUAUGGUGUUUUUAACAGGCUUAUCCAUGUACAAUUGUGUUGACUGAUUUUGAUGUAGAAAGGCCCGCUCGGGAUAUUUCAGAUGUAUUUUAUGGAACUUUGUACUCAUCUUUCUU